AUGAAUUUUGGAAAAUUGUUUGGAAAAAAAAGUAAAUCAAAAUCAACGCAAAACUUCAAUGAUAACGAAAAAUUUGAUACGAAUGCUAAUACGUCUACACAGCCUAAAGAAAAACGAUCUAUUCGUGAAAGUAUUCAUUCUGAAGCAAUUUUAAAUAUAUAUCCUGUUGACUCAUCAAAUCUUGUGACUGCUAGUCAAGAUCGUACAUUAGUUUUAUAUGAUUUUGUUAAUCAUCGUAUUCGUCGUCGAUGGAUUGGUCAUGAACAUGAUGUUGUAAAAGUUUUGUAUGGAUCUUUAGUACAGUUAGUUGUGAGUGCAUCACGUGAUCGAACUAUUCGAUUGUGGAAUACGAAUUCUGAUUCACCAGUGCAAACAUUACUUGGGCAUGAACUUGUUGUAACAGCUAUUGAUUUCAAUCCAGAAAAUUCCGUUUUGGUUAGUGGUAGUCGAGAUAAUAAAGUUAUGUUUUGGGAUAUUAAAACUGGACAAACAUUAAAAACAAUUAUGAUUGGACGAAAUCUGGUUACCGAUGUUAAAUGGUCUCAUGACGGAACAUUUAUUGUACAGACAGGUGAAGAUAAAGAAGUCAAAGUAUUUGAUGCUCGAAGUAUGACUCAAGCUGUUUCAUUUCCAAAAAAGCAAUAUAUUCAAACAUCAUGUGAUAUAUCGUAUGAUAAUCAAUAUGUAGUAAGUAAUUUUAUUUUGCCUAUCUAUUUGAAAUGUUCUUUAUUUUUUGUAAAUUUAUUGAUGUCAACAAGUAAUGGAUUUAAUAAUAGUGGAUCUGAAAUUUCUUUAUGGGAUAUUAGACAACGAAAAUUACUAACGGAAUUUUAUGGUCAUCGAGCAACUGUUAAUAGUGGACAUUUUGUUGAUCAAACAGCAUCAAUGAUUAUUUCAUGUAGUAAUGAUGGUCGAGCAAUUCUUUGGAAUGUUCAAAAGAAUUCAAUGGCUAGUGAACUUGAGGUUGAUAAUUCAACACCACUUACAUCAAUAAAUGUCAUGAAUACACAAAAUUUUGCAACUGGUGGAUUAAAUGGUAAACUCAGUAUUAUUCAGCAACAUAAUCGUCAGCUACAAUUGAUUGAUCAAAUAUAA